GGCCCCCCAGCUUGGCUGCCACCGCCCCCUCCGCGCCGCGGAGCGCUCGGAGCGGCGCUGCCUGCAGACGGGCUCCCUGCGGCGCUUCGGGGCGGCCCCCAGCUCGGCCCCCCGCUCCUCCGCCAUGGACGGGGCGGCUCGCCGGGGGGUGCUGGCCGUGCUGCUGGCCUGUGGGCUGCUCCUGCUGGGCGCCGCGGCCACCCCGACUCCGCCGGCCCCCGCUGGCGGCUCCCCGCAGGACACAUGCACCUCCUGCGGCUUCCGGCGGCCCGAGGAGCCGGGCAAGGUGGACGGGGAUUUCCUGGAGGCAGUGAAGAGGCACAUUCUGAGCCGACUGCAGAUGCGGGACCGGCCCAACAUCACGCACGCCGUGCCCAAGGCAGCCAUGGUCACCGCGCUGCGCAAGCUGCACGCCGGCAAGGUGCGAGAGGACGGCCGCGUGGAGAUCCCGAGCCUGGACGGGCAGGCGAGCUCCGGACCCCCGGCCCACGACCCCGUCUCCGAGAUCAUCAGCUUCGCCGAGACAGACGAUCUGGCCUCAUCUAGAGUCCGCCUCUAUUUCUUCAUCUCGAAUGAAGGGAACCAGAACUUGUUUGUCGUUCAAGCCAGCCUGUGGCUUUACUUGAAGCUGCUUCCAUAUGUCUUAGAGAAAGGCAGCAGGCGAAAAGUAAGAGUCAAAGUCUAUUUCCAAGACCCGGACACUAGCAACAAGUGGAAUGUGGUUGAAAAGAAAGUUGAUCUCAAAAGAAGUGGUUGGCACACUUUUCCUAUGACAGAAGCGAUCCAGGCUCUGUUUGAGAGAGGAGAAAGGAGACUGAAUUUGGAUGUUCAAUGUGAGGGUUGUGAAGAGUAUUCAGUGCUGCCAAUUUAUGUGGACCCCGGGGAGGAAUCCCACCGGCCUUUUUUAGUGGUGCAAGCCCGCCUUGCCGAUAACAAACACAGGAUCCGGAAAAGAGGCCUGGAGUGCGAUGGCAGGACCAAUCUAUGUUGCAGGCAACAGUUUUACAUUGACUUUAGACUCAUUGGGUGGAAUGACUGGAUCAUAGCACCAUCAGGUUACUAUGGGAAUUACUGUGAAGGGAGCUGCCCGGCCUACUUGGCCGGCGUCCCGGGGUCGGCUUCCUCCUUUCACACCGCCGUCGUGAAUCAGUACCGAAUGCGGGGGCUGAACCCGGGCACCGUGAACUCCUGUUGCAUUCCAACCAAACUUAGCACAAUGUCAAUGCUGUACUUUGAUGAUGAAUACAACAUUGUGAAAAGGGACGUUCCCAAUAUGAUUGUGGAAGAAUGUGGUUGUGCUUGAUUUAAGGUGUGUUUUUGGGGGGGGAGAGAGAAAGAGAGAGAGGGCGAGAGAGAGAGAGAGAGAAACAUUCCCAUAUGAGAUGGUGUUGGAAGAAGUUUCACUGUGUAUCCAGGCAUCAGUGUUGGAAAGUCACUGUGGUAAAGUUUGGAAAAAAAAAAAAAAGGAAGAAAAAAAAAUCAUUUCACUUUGGUGUCAAGACAGUGGCAGUUUGUGGAUCUUGGACACUUAUAUAUUCUACCACUUAUAAGUUAAUGCUAUGAAAUAUCUUAAAGACACACACACACACACACA